AUGGCAUUCGACACCGCUGCGUUCUGGUUGCGGACCAACAAGUUUCUGAUGAACACCGGCAUACCGUUUAUGCCAACGAUCAUCAAGAAGGCCAAAGGAAUCCGACUCUACGAUGUAAAUGACAAAAUUCUCUUUGACUGUAGCUCUGGCCAAAUGAGCUCGCUCCUUGGACAUUCGCAUCCGGAGAUUGUGGAAGUGGUCAAGAAGAGCGUCUCGGAACUCGACCACCUGUCAAGCCUCAUGGUCUCGGAGCCUGUCGUUGACUUUGCUGAGAAGCUGGCGCAGAUUCUUCCGGCGCCUCUCGAGAAAUCCUUCCUCCUCAAUACUGGUUCAGAGUCUGUCGAAGCCGCCAUAAAGAUGGCCAAAUGUGCGACAGGUAAAUUCGAAAUCGUGGCAUUCUCAGCCGCCUAUCAUGGCAUGACCCAAGGCGCCGUCUCUGCCACUUACUCUCAUGGCCGCAAGUGGGCUGGUCCAUUGAUGCCGGGCCAAAUCGCCUUCCCAUUCCCGAACUCGUACCGGUCACGUUUCCGAAAGCCGGAUGGCAGCUAUGAUUGGGAGGCGGAAUUGGAAAUGGGCUGGGCCUUGGUCGACUCGCAGUCUGUCGGAUCUCUUGCUGCGUUUAUCUUCGAGCCCAUCAUGUCUGCCGGGGGCAUCUUCGAACCUCCGGAGGGAUAUAUGAAGCGUAUGAGCAUUGAGUGCAAGAAACGCGGCAUGCUCCUUAUUGCAGACGAGGCGCAGACAGGUCUCGGCCGAUGCGGAGACAUGUUCGCUUUCCAACGCGAUGGAAUCGUCCCCGAUAUCCUGGCCUUGUCCAAGACCAUUGGAUGUGGCCUACCUGUCGCUUCGGUCAGUACGAGUGCCGACAUUGAGAAGCUCGCCUUGAAAGGUGGCUAUCUGUGGGUGACGACUCACUACAACGACCCGUUAGCUGCCGCCAUAGCGAGCAAGGUAAUCGACAUUGUUGUCCGGGACAACCUGGUCGCGCAUGCCGCUGCGCGGGGGCGGCAGUUACGUGAGGGCCUCCAACGGCUACAGGACAAAUACUGGUGUAUCGGCGACAUCCGCGGACGCGGGCUGUUACUCGGGAUGGAAAUCAUCUCCGAUCCCGUUACGAGAGCGCCCGGGUUCGAUAUCGGGAAGGCACUUUCUGGCAAAGCGCUCGAACUGGGGCUCGCAUGUCAAUGCGGAGCUUCGUCUGGGACUUGUGUUGUGUUUCGAAUGGCACCGCCGAUCACUAUCUCUGCCAAGGAGAUAAACCAGACUCUGAACAUCUUGGAGCAGUCAUUCGCCUUCGUCUUCCCGGCUGAGUCGCAGUCAGGGAUAGUGGCGGCUGUCUCACCUUUCGGCAUCUCUGUUGAAGCCCAUCUUUAG